UGCGCGUGAGGGCUACAACUGCGCUUUUCUCUACGGAUAUCUCCAUUCCUGCCUGGAGUAAGUAGGGGUGAAUGGCAUCUAACGUGCGCUGAAGACGCUGACGGAGUGCUGGACGGGAAGUGCCUGUAGUCCAAACACAGAUGUCAUUGGCCAUACAGGGACAAGUUGACUUUCCCCUGAAUGCAGGUUCCAAUGACCGCCAUAACGGCAUUAAAGAGGAGCGGACUUAGGACGCUUCCUUGUGGUUACCCCUGAGAGAUGGGGAAUUGCUCUGUGUCGCCUUGUCUUGUCCGGACGAAAAUACCUCGUUGACUGAGGAAAUCGGCUAUCCAAAGCAACGUUGUACGUGAGAGCCCAGCGCUGUAUAGAGCAUGUAAGAUUGAUGGAUGGAUAACGGUGUCGUAUGCUCUCUUAACAUCAAGAAAUACCGCCGCCGAGAUCUUCCUGCCUCGUCGUGCUUCUUCCACCGACGUGACCAAGUCGAGGACAGAGUCUAUCGAACUGCGGUGCCGUCGAAACCCAGCUUGCUCUUGAGGGAAGAAGGCACGGCUUUCGAGCCUCCACUCAAUUCUACGCAAGACCAUUCUUUCCAUAACUUUCCCCAAGCAGCUGGUCAGAGUUACCGGGCGAAAUGAUGCCAAUUGGGAUGGGUGUUUUCCUGGUUUUAGCAACGGUACCACUGGGCCGACUUUCCACUGCCGAGGAACCUAUCCAUGCCUCCACGAGUGAUUGCAGAUGAUCAGCAGGGCCUGAAGGGAAGUAGGGUCAAGGUUUCGAAUCACUGUGUAUGUAAUGGCGUCCGGGCCUGGAGACGACUUCUCUCUCCUUUCGAUAAUAAUAAGUCAUAUGGCUAAUUAAAACUGUGACAUUACACAUACCUUGACCCGCUUUCUGAGAUUCGAGCAUAUCGCAUUUGAACAAGAUAGGAGCUUUUCCUAAUGCGUUAUAAUAAACACAUUAAUAAAUAAACACAUUAUGCGUUUAAACAACACGUUGUUUUCGUCUUUUGCCUCGAUCACUGUAAACAUUUCUCGAAGGCUGAACCCAUGGCGAUAGAUCAGGAGAGCUAGUCGACAUGGCAGUAUCGAAGAGGAAGGAAACUACGAACUCAGUGUUCUGAGCAACGUCUCUAUGGAUUUCCUUCUAAAGCGUGAACCGCAUGGCCCGAAAAGCGUCCGAAUUCUUUCCGAACCGAAUUCGAGACCGAACUUUUUUCGGUGAACAGAAUUCCGGGCCGCAUUCGGCCAGAUUUCUCCUCCGAAAUGGGAAGUGACGCCAACCGAGAAAGUAGAAGCAUUCAACGGCUAUUCAGGAGGGAGGACCAUAGCAACAAUGACGUAGCAAUCGGGUCGACUGUUGCCGUGUGUGCGACUUCUACCCAUGUGAAUACCGGGAUUAUCUCAUUGAGCGGGAUGCUUGAAAGGCAAUGUUCCCCAAGGCCAGAAGUCUUCGACCGAAAUCCGGGGUGCAUUUCGGUAUUAUGCGGUAAUGCACAGAGAAAAGUUCGGUCCCAAUUUCGGUUCGGCCAGUUUUCGGACAGUUUUUCGUGCCAUGCGGUUCAGCCUUAAAGGGGCACAAAACAGGUAUCGAAGGUGCACAUUUCUUUCAUGCAUUGUGUUGUACUCUGCAUACUCAAAUAUGUAACGAAUUAUUGGCGCCACAAAGUAUAUAUUGCCUUCAAACGAACGGGAUAUCCACUGCACUCUUUCGUGCCAAGGCUCCUCCCUGUGAUAGAUUGAAAACAAUAGCUACACGUCAUUUUGACGUUGAAGCUUACCGGCGAAUCACAAUAUCGCACGAGCAAACCUCAGGUUGUUGAGCUAACGAGAACCGAAGCGAGUCUGAACCCACUUUUCCACAGAAAACUUCUUUUCCCUCUAGCCCAAACUGCAGCAGGAGUUCACAAUAUUUCAUAUUACACAGGCCCUACGUUUUCGGCUUUGCUGUGGAUGAACAUCCGGUAGUGCGCUGCACGGAAUCCGUAGUACCGCCGUAUCGCAUGCGUUCUGUCAGUUCUCGUUUUCAAGUUCUCCCGUUUCGUCAUUCCCGCUUCUAACUAGUGUCCAUUUCAUCAAUUACUGCAGUGUUUCAGUAUUGUAUGUAGACCCCAUUGUUUGUCUGUAAAUAUCCCAUGUAAAUAAUAACUGUACGUACGCAUAUGUGACUUCGUUUUCGACGCCCGCUCAAGUUUGCACCUGUUCAUCAUGCCCCCUACGUGCAUCGUGACUACUUGUCCACACAGACGGGUGAAGAAUCAGCCUGCAAAACUAACUUUACACAAGGUGCCUGUUGAUGAGCCGCGGAGGUCUCUGUGGUUAGAACUUUGUGGACAACGAAACUCAGCGGAGAACUUGCCGAUGUGCCCGCGUAUUUAUGAGAACCAUUUCACUCCAAUCGCGUACCGCAUGACACUCAUGGGGCCGGUCAGUAGAAGACUUCGGGAUGAUGCUGUGCCGUCGUUAUGACUUCCCAAGGAUUGCGAUGAUCCACCUCAAAACGUCGUGCUGUUUCAGUGAGUACUUUAUAGACUUGGAAACCAUCAUAUAAUCAAAAAGCUCAUUCUUCUCAGUGUCAUGUGCACGUGUAAUAGAUGUUGCUAAUAUGGCAUGGAGAGUGUUAUAAAAUGACUCACAAUCACUUUGGUCAUUGUCCCCAGCUCACAUCUUUGGAAUCUGCAGAGUGCAGGUUACAACUGCAAGCACAGCACAAUAACCUCACGCAGUGCAUGGUGGUGACACAGGGGUCAAGCCUAAGCCAUAGACCACUGGUAGGAAAUUAAAACUUCUUGGUUGCAAUUAGGGUUUUCGGUAGUUAUCGAAAAGCACCGAUAAACGUACGCCGGUAAAAUUUUCUCAUGUUCGGUGGAAACGGAUUUUGCACCGAUAACCACCGUAAAUGACCUUCUCAUGCUGCUCGGUUUUGCACCAAAGAAGGGAAUUUUGAACGGGCAAAGCAAACAAGCACUCGAAAACGACGUUUAUUCACCUCACUGUGCCUUUGCACUUCACUCAGCUCUCCACGGGGGCGAAAUCUGCGGGGUAGUUCCAAAUAGUGUGUUCACAAAUACACCUGUGUACUUACGAACUGCUUUGUUAGGGAGCACCGAAUGUGACCUGGCAUGUGUAAGCAUGCUUCGGUCGGAGAGAUCUCACGGGAUCUGAAAACGUUAGAGAAACUUGAAGCAGCAGAAGUGGUCGAGGAUUCGAACCGGGGCCCUUCGCGCGGAGCAUCUUCUCCACUGUGCCAUGCAAGACAAUGGCAGCACAAAUCGCUGCACUUUACUUUGAGGGGCACUCGUUCGACCCUUUUUCUUGUCUGGGAAAGAGAGUGAGGAUGAAGGGAGUAGAGUUAUGGGUUACGUCAUCUUUAGAGGUAACGACCCUCACUUAUAUGCCAGUAACCUUGAAUGGCGCCCAAGCAGCACCGAAAUAAAUCUUAAACAUAAAUGUAACUUCUACGUUCGAAGACGGUAACAUUAUUUCAUUAGUUAUCCUGUUUUGAAGGUAACGUUAAAUGUUACAAGAUUUAGAGUGUAUAGCUAGCGCCAGUGUCGUUUCUCGCCGAUUUUCACCGAGCGACUUGAUGUUUCAGAUAUUUCCAUCGAAAGCCAUCGCUUCGUGGUGAGGGGAAUAACCACAGUUUUUUUUUUUUUUUUCACCGUUUCUCUAAAAAAAUAAGCACCGAAAACCGGAAACCCUAGUUGUAAUGUAGUCCUACUUCCUUACUUGUCGCUCAACCCUGUAUAGAUGCCAAAACAAGUGCAGCCUUUGAUCAACCCGUCACUAUCCUCUGUACAAAUGGUACUACUUUUGUUGGAGUAUGCACUUUACUAAAAUGAUAUCAUUCAUAGUCAGCUCUCUGCAAUACAAGCCAGUACAGUCAUGCACCGGAAUGAAGGUGCCACAGCAUCAUGCACAUCAUCUGUGAUUCCACAAGCGAGGGAGACGCACCCAUCUCCAAGUGCAGCAAAAUCAAAAAUGUUUGUGUCACGGACCUCCACAUCAACACAGGCCGACAAAAUGGCUAAAGCCCUGCAGCAGCGCAGCUGCCAGACGGAUCCCUGGGAGCCACCAGCCAAGACAGAUCCUACAAUCAGUCCUAAGCAUAUGACAACGCCCGCGCUGCCCGCUGAUGUCAUCGAACCUGAAUAUGAAGACUCCAGUGACAGCUACUCUCCACCACACGAAGAGAGCAGCCGCGAUGAGGACGAUGCAUGCCACCCGUGCACACCGCAUCAAGAAAGGAAGUUUGUUGUAUUUGAGAGCUGCCUGCUGGAGCUAUUUCGGACCUGCCCACAAUGCUUUGCCGCAGGUGCACCAACAACAUCACAACUCAGGGCACUAUGAUCUCGGUGAAAAGCUAGUGCACCCAUGGGCAUGUGCAAACCUGGGACAGUCAGCCCAUGGUAAAUGGGAAACCAGCGGGCAAUUUCCUCCUUUCAGGGGCAAUAUCCUUCACUGGGGUCAGUGCUACUCCUACUUUACGGAUGCUGAGGUACAUCAGUGUUCAAACAUUCAGCCUCACGACGUAUUAUAAGUACCAGAGCAGUUUCCUUGUCCCAGCAGUAGAGAAGGUUAGUUACGAACCCAGGAGUGUUCAUGACUCAAAUAUUGGAUGUUUUGUUUGCGGGUAUAUCUGUCUCUAUACAGUUUAAACCAUGCGGAAGUUUUUAUGCCAGGUGUGGUUGGAAGAGCAAAAUCAGCUCAUUGAUCAAAUGAGAGGACAGGCUAUCGAUGUGUCGGGGGACGGACGGUGCGAUUCCUCUGGGUUUUCUGCAAAGUACAUGACGUACAAUCUUCAUGUAGAUCAGAUCAACAAAAUUAUUCAUUCCGCACAAAUUCAGCUUGCAGAGAAUGAGAGGGUCAUGGCCAGUGGAGGGUCUGGACAGUGUCCAGAUGGAAAAGGAAGGACUGAUCAGAAGCAUCCAAUCCUUGAAAGAGCAAGGUCAGUACGAAUGGCAUAAAAUUUGCUACUCGUCACACGUGUGCAUUUUGCUAAAUAACUGUGACCUGUUGUAUGUAUAACGCUAAGAUAGGGUUCUUUGCCAUUAAGUGCCAUGCGUUGGAUCACGGAUUUCCUUCGCGGUAGGUCCCUGUUUAUCCGCACAGCUGAGGGAGAUACUGCGCCUGUUCCAUCAGACUGCGGGGUGCCACAAGGAAGUGUGCUUAGCCCGCUUCUCUUCAACGUAGUUAUGGCCGGUCUUGAGGACUGCACAGGGAGGAAAGUAUAUUUCUCUCUUUAUGCUGACGACAUCUGCAUCUGGACAACCGGAAAAUCUCGCCCCGCCAUUCAGCGGCGACUGCAGUCAACCCUUAACUCCAUACACCAAUACCUGUUUACGGCAGGCUUAGAUAUCUCGUAGGAGAACACAGACUUCAUCGCCUUCACGAGAAGGAACAUGCUUCUGGACUACCGGAAAAUCUCGCCCCGCCAUUCAGCGGCGACUGCAGUCAACCCUUAACUCCAUACACCAAUACCUGUUGACGGCAGGCUGAGAUAUCUCGUGGGAGAAGACAGACGUCAUCGCCUUCACGCGAAGGAACAUGCUUCCAUAUCGUCUUUCUGUGGCUGGACAGCAGCUCCAGUACUCCACCUCAUGUAAGUUCUUGGGUGUAACGCUGGACUCCCGACUCUCGUGGAGAAGACAUAUAGCGGGCCUAGAGAAGAAACUCUCCAAAGGGAUCGCCCUAAUGCGACACAUUGCUGGCCUUAGGUGGUGCUGCGAUGCGCGAUCUCUUUUGGCCAUUCAUCGAGCCUUGGUGCGUGGUCCGCCCCUAUACAGCCUUCCAGUAUUACACGGGAUUUCGCCAUCCUCCGAGUCCAAGCUUCAGUGUCUUUUGGCACGUAGCCUUCGUGUGUGUCUGGGCGUGCCAAGAACAACGGAUACUUGUUUAGUCAUGGCAGAAGCUAGAGAGACUCCCCUUGCUAUACAGCGCUUUAAUGAGACGAGCCGUCACUAUAUCCGUUUGUUGGCUCAUCACCGGCGGCACCGUUUACUGCUGAAGCUUUCCCGUCGCAGGAAUAACAAGUUCAGGUCCUGCAUUCAACAGCUAGAGCCUCACCUGCCACGUUUUCAAGCUGAACCCCAGGCGCGUUCAACUCCCCCUUGGACCCUCCCUCUACCAUCUGCUUCACUAUCCAUUCCCGCGCUGCAGAGAAAGGAUGAUGUCGCUGCAGGUGUGUCCAAGGCGCUCACACUGAAUAUGAUGAGCGAGCUGUAUGCAGGCUUUACUCCUGUUUUUACGGAUGGCUCGUCCACAAAAGCCAGCUCUGCAUGCGCCUAUAUUAUUCCGUCCGAAGACAUAACUGGCAUCUUCCGUCUCUCGCAUCUGGCGUCGUCAACAUGUGCUGAGCUACAUGAUUUGCUCUUUGCCAUGCACAAGAUGCUGCAGUGUUCAGCUCGGCCAUGGGUCUUCUACACAGACUCGAAAGCUGCUAUCCAAUGCCUCGCAACAAUGGGCAUUCGAAGUCCGCUCAUGUCCAAUGUUGCUGACGUGCUUGAAACUUACAAGGAGCUGCUGGACCUGGGCCACUGCAUAGUAUUACAGUGGGUACCUGGUCACGUCGGCUUACCCGGCAAUGAAGAGGCCGACCGGGCGGCCCUGCGGGGUCAUCAUAUAGCUUCAGCCCACUCUAUCAUCUUGCCCAAAGGUGAUCGUCAGGCCCUCGUCCGUGCUCUCUCUGCAGACAAGACAAGAUCACAGUGGCUGCAUGACAUUACACCCUACUCUCUGCUCCACGCAGUGGAUCCUUCUCUUUCACUGUCGCUUCCUCAUCGCCUUCCGCGACACUACGCAUCCCUUCUUCACCGCAUGCCGCUGAAUGUUGCAUUUACACCAGUUAUGAGGCAGCGUCUUGGCCGUGCGCCCUCGGACCUUUGUGCAGCCUGCAGUGUGCGUGCAGACCUGCACCACCUACUUAUGGACUGCCCGGACUACCAGCGGGAGCGGGAGAUCAUCGCCCAUUUACCAUAGGCAAGGUGCUGGGCCCAUGGUCCAGUCCCGCUCAUACACGCCAAGGUCUGCGUCACCUUUGGGAUUUCCUGUCAUCAACAGGCCUCUCCGCCCUGCUUUGAUUACCGGACCCCUUGUCAUCUCCAUCAUCAUCUCUCAUCACGUACAAGUGGCACUGGGGCAGCGCCCAGCCUGCUGGCCGGCGUCAGCCCCAUCUCAUCAUCAUGUAUCUAUGUGUGUGUGUGUGUGUGUGUGUGUGUGUGUGUGUAGGUAUAACAUUGAACUCUAUCACAACUGAUCGGCAUCCUGCGAUAAGGAAGCACAUGGAAACACACGAGCCAGGCACAAAACAUUACUUUGACAUCUGGCAAUUCUCAAAGGGUCUGAAGAAAAAACUAAGCACCAUCAGCAAGAGUGUUACCUGUCGCGGCCUAGAUGCCUGGAUCCAGGGAAUUUCAAAUCAUCUGUAUUGGUGUGCGAGGGCCGGUGGAGGACGAUGCUUGCAAUCCUGCACUACAAUAAAAAUGCGGAACGCUGCCAAGCAGAGACAUUGGCAGGAGCUCAAAGGUGGAAGGUGAAAACCUGUAAAGCAAGACACGGGCAACAAGUCGCUUGCACCAUAAAGACUCCUCCAACAUUCAAUUAUGUUGCAAAGCUGCUUACGCAAGCCAUAACAGAGUGCAGCACAUGCCCCUCGUUUGAGCAUUCAUCAAAGGCCGAAGGUCAAGAAGUUUCCCACCUCCAAUGAGCCACUCUAAAGGGAGGCUGCCAAAGGAGGACAUUGUGGCAGCCAGGGUCUCAAGACUAGGAAACUAAAGUGUGCAUCUGGCCUCCUAGGGCAGAUUGGCCAUCUUCAUCCC